CAGUGCAGAAAACAAACGCAUCUACUACUAUUUCCUAUCUCUAUCUCCCACACGUUUAAGCUAAUAUAAUCUCUCCCUCUCUCUCUCUUUCUCUCUCUCCCAUGUCGACCUUCACCUUCCCUUGUGUAGUUGCGUGCGUGUGUGCAUACACACACCCACACACACACUGAGACCUCGAUGGUUACAGAAACCCCAAUAGCUCCCAUAAUCAAGUAGAAGUAGUAGUAGAAGAUCGACCUAAUCUGCAACUCAUGGGAGGCGCAAGAUGGUGCCUUGGUGCUGAACUCUGGACGCCCAAGGUCAAGGUACACUCCUCGGCCUCCUGUUCGUCGCAGCACCGGCUACUCCGACAAGACACGCCGUCCGCCGGUGCCCCUCCAGCCGAGGCGGCGGCCGUCCAAGUAGAAGUAGUCAAAGAGCAAGACGAAGGGGAAGAGCACAGGAGCCAGCAGAGGGAGGUGUUCACCAUCUGGAUGAAGUCGCUGGUGCUCAACGGGAGCGGCUGCACGGUCUUCGACUCCCGCGGGCGCAUCGUGUACCGCGUGGACAACUACGGCUCCCACCGGUCCGUGGACGUGUGCCUCAUGGACAUCACGGGGAGCGUGGUGCUCCAGGUCCUCAAGAAGUUCAGGAGGUGGGAGGGGUACAGGUGCGGCGGGUGGGAGGCCGAGCCGCCCGAGCGCGCCCGCGCCGCCGACACGCCGCGGCGGCGGCCGUGGUUCACGGUGGUGAGCAACAAGUGGGGCAGCGGCCCGCGCUGCGAGUUCAGGAGCGACGGCCACGCGGUGCGCUACAAGAUGGACGGAGGCAGGCGGCGGCAGCAGGCGGCGCGCGCCUCCUGGAUCGUGGACGACGCCACCGGGCUGGCCGUGGCGGAGGUGAAGAGGAAGCUGACGGCGACGGGGGUUUCCCUCGGCGAGGACGUGCUCACGCUGGUGGUCGAGCCCAACGUGGACCACUCGCUCAUCAUGGGGCUCCUUGUCGUGCAUGGCCUCAUAAACCACUCCAUGUGAGCAUUCGAUCGCAUCGUACGAGCUAGCAGGGACAGGGUGUGAUUUUCUUGUGAGAUGCAUGCAUGCUCAGAUUCAUCCUGCUGCUGCAGAGUGUAAUUUCUUUUUCUUGCAUUGUUGUUGUUUCUUUCUUCUUUCUUUGGAAACCUUGUGGCGUGAUUUGCUUAGGCGUGAUCGAUUUAAGGUUAGAAAGAAUAAGUUUAUGUUCCAUCGAUCAUGUCCCGUACGGCCGUACGUAUGGAAGGGAGGAAGGAAGGAGAAGGAGGCCACCGUUCCAUCCACGGAGGCAGGCGGUUAGGCCUGGGGGCUACGCGAGGAAGAAGACGCUGGAGAUUGUAGAUGAACAGUUCCUUGAUCUAUUUUCAACUGUUGGUUGCUAA